ACGAAAUGUCAAACUAAUGUUAUAGCUGUGAAUUUUAAAAUUUAAGAAAAUACACUUAAAAUGGAUUCUUUAGAUCUAUUAGCGCGUGAGGAUGAGUUUAAAAAGCUCAAUAAACAAUUAGAGAAGAAAACUGAAAGUCUUAUGAAGCAAAUUGAGAAAGCGAUGCAAAAACAAGACAUCUUCUCCGAAUUCUCUCACAGCUUAACCUUAAGCCCACACCACACGCCAAACACAAAACACUGUUGCAACACUCCAAAACCAUCUGAACACAGCACACCAGUAAAAAACAAAACAAUAAAAAAAACUACUUCAGAACUAACAAAGAAGAUGCACAAUAAAAGUUUAAAUCAAAAUGAAGACAUACAGAAUGAAGAAUUUGAAAAUGGAAUGCUGAAAAGUAAAGAAAGUAGCACAAACAGUAACUUAAAUUAUGAUAAAACCGUUGUAUGCGAUUGUUGUAUUCCAGAGAGGAGACUUCAAAUUAAUGGGGAUUUAGAGUUUCUAUACGCGUUUGUGUCUGUUAGUGUUCAAGAUAAAGUAUUGCCGCCAUCAUUUUUAAAAGAAAGAGCCUCCGUCGAGAGUAUCUGCAAAUUCUUAUCAUCCAGAGUCAAGUUGAUGCAGGAGCAAAUUGACUUACUGCAAAGUACUAUCAACAAAAAGGCAGCCCAAUGCGAGGUACAUCUGGCGCACCAAGCUGAGCUGGAAGCGGAACGUAUGAGCCUGCUGAAUAGGAGUAACAAUCACCAGGCGGCAGCUGCUGAUAUGAAGGCGAAAUAUCAACUUAUGGCGAAGAAACUGGAGGAAAAAGACCGUCAAUACAAAGAACAAAGAAGCGAGUCAGAUAGACUGUCUUCGGAGGUGAAGCGGCUUCGAUCCCGCGUCGCCAGCGCAGAGGCCCGAAGCGCCACACUAGAAGAUACUGUCAACAGCUUGAGGUCGCAGUUGGAGGCGGCUAAGAAAGCUGAAAAGGACUUCCGCGACUCCACGCGUUCGCUAUCGUCGUCGCACGAGAGCGCCAUCUCUCGACUAGAGGCGAGAAUAAAAACACUCACCACUCGCACCCAGAGACAGGAGAAGCUAGUUCACAACCUCCGAGAACAGAGGGCGCUGUUGAUGGCAGAGGGAGCGGUGAAGGCUUUGGAGUCUGAAUACAGUGCCUUUUUAAUGAAGGAUUUUUAAAUACAGUAUUUAUUGUAA